CUACUCGCUCUGCUGAGCCGUGUUCGCAUGGAGCAUCCCCAAGACAACCCAGCUAAUUUUAACAGUAUGUAUAGUGAAGUCCAGGUGACACUGGUCGGGGGAGACAUUCUGAAGGGACACUGUGACACCUUCUACGGUCACUGGCGCAACCCGCUAACCAAUGAGAGCCUGAGGAAGAAGUUCAGAAACAACGCAGGGGCCGUGCUGCCCUCAGAGAAGGUUGAGAUGCUUAUUGACGUGGUGGAGGAGCUAGACAGACUUGGGGACUGCAGGGCCCUUCUCGCACUGCUGCAAUGAGAACUCAGACAUCCA